CUAUCGUAUUGCAAAAAGAAACAGCUAAUUCAUAUUUUAGCAAAAGAAAUAUUGGUGCGUUUACCGUUAAACCCACAGUUCCCUGAAAUCAAGCGUAAUAAACCUCCCCCUUCGGCGUGAUUUUGGGAAUAUACCUGCUUGUUCUGCUAGCAAGGAAUCUAUAAAUAUGGGUCGGUGCCCUCCAACUGAGAUAGAUCUCAGCAACAUCUUUCUCAAGCAACCAUGAAUGUUCUUAAUUCUAGUAGCACUAAUUCUUACUCCUAUUCGGCACUUCACCUGUAUGCUGUACAUCCACAAGAGAUUCCUAGAAGUCUCCCUUCUUUGGAAGAAGAAGAAUAUCGCGAAUAUUUUUCCCACCUCAAUUCCGAACUUCCAAGACAGUCCCGGAUCGUCGAUGUAACACAUAGAAGAGAGUUAUUUCCUUUGGAUAGGGAAACGGUAGAAUUCUUAACAAGCUUCAAGUCCUUUGCCCCAGAGUGCCUGUCAAACUUCCUGAAUACAAUUGGUCAGGAUAUAUUAAAUGUGUGUUUGCAGGCUGAGCCAUUCAGCCAUGACUUAACAAGAAACUACGGAUUUCCCGCCAGAAAGCUCGGUUGUGGAUCAUUCGGUGAUGUGUAUCUUUUUACAACACACGAGGGAAGGCAUACUGCAGUCAAAUUUGUUGAGAUAGACAACGAAGCACUUCUCUUAACCCUCGCAAGGGAGUACACUAAUAGCCGGAGACUUUCUCUGGUUUACGCAUGUCGUUGUCUUGAUAUUUUGGUUUCACCCGCCAACAAAAACCAAAUUAUUUUGGUCCAGGAAUAUUUCAAUGGUAGGGAACUUUUCGACCUUCUCCAAAUGACAGGAAGUAGCUUGUCAAGAAUGAGAUUAGGAAAUUUUAUCUGCAAGCGAAUUUUCGAAGCCGUUCAACACUGUCAUGAGAAUGGUGUGUGCCAUAAUGAUUUGAAAACAGAAAAUAUCUUGGUAAACUUAAGUACUCUACAAGUGAGGGUAAUUGACUUUGGCUUGUCACUUUCUACAUCUACUCGCAUGUCCCUCAUUCUGAAGCAUGAAUGUUUGACUUGGGGAACCACCGGAUAUAUUGCACCCAUUUCUUAUGCAGGAGACGAACUUUACAGUGACUUUGAUGAAGACUAUGAUAUCAGAAGACUCGCUCAAGCAAAGGAUAUUUGGUCUUUGGGGUGCAUUUUCUUCAAUGUUUUAUCGUUUGGGUUGGAUUUGUGGGAGGAGUGUGUUCCAGAAGAUUUCUUUUUCCAGCAUUACAUGAACCACGGACACUUGAUGGCAUUUGAUCAAAUGAGGCAUACACGCAUAGUGGAAGAAGGAUUAGAACAUGUCGAGUGGUUGAUUUACGGUAUGGUGAGAAUUCAUGAGCGUGAUCGUUUAACCUUUGAUCAAAUUUUGGACAGUGACUGGUUCAAUAGCCAAUUCUAAUCUAAUACAAUUCAACAAUCAAAAAAAACAUAAAAACAGAAAAUCUAUCUUUAUAAUCAUUCUUCACUACGCUUAAUUCAUACUUUAUUUUUAAUGAUAACCUGACCUGACCUUCAAUAAUGA